CCAAACGCCCACUAGUUCUUAAAUUGUUUUGUUAAUAUAUGUGAAAAUCUGAAAAUCAACCCUUCCCUUGAGCUUUUGCUCCACAUGUACGAAGUCUUGCCCAGGACUAGUAAUUGCCCGGGCUUUGUUUAUUUUCAUUCUCGUAAUAAGAGGGGUUUUGUGACCGGUCUUCCCCCUAGCCACAAAACAUGGAAGAAAAGAUUUGUUUUCGUUGAAUUCCCCCCUGACCAAUUUCCUUUCUCUAACCCUGAGUGGGCUGACCGGGUUAUAAAACCUGAAAGGGUUCAUCCGGAGCCCACUAAAGAUCUUGAGGACGCCUGCGAGAAACUUCUCAAGGGUGAUCCUGUGACCGGGAAACCUUAUGCCCAUAGAGGCUGGGUAUUCCGGCUACCUAACCCGGAUGGGGGUGCGUCUGCGACCCAUGACGCUGAGGAUAACCGGGCUGAUUCCCCGGAUGGUCACGCUGAGGCCGUCUCUCCUCAUCCAGACAUGAACUUCAACAGGAUGUCCACCAUCAUCGAAGAUGACGACGAUGAUGUUGAAGUCCUCCACUUCAACCGGUCUUCCACUAAUAACCAUCCUUCCCCUCCUCAAAAUCCUGGAGUUGAAGGGGUUUCAACUGCCCGGUGCUUUUCCUUUGACGAUCUCAUUCGAGAUAAGCAGGUGAAGUCACCCUCAGCCAUCCAUUCCUCCGAAGGCGACCGGGUUGAUAUUCUCCAGGCCCAGGUUGAAUCCCAAUCCAAGGAGGACGGCCAUUCUUCUUCCCGUACUAAGGGUCAGAAAAGGAAAGGGUCCCAAAAGAGCUCCAAGGGGGACAAGAAAAAGAAGGCCGGGGUUAUCUCAGAAGAGGUUGGCCAAUCACUUCUGGAGCCAAAGGACCAGAAGAGGAAGGUGGCCGAGCUGGAAGAUGCUUUGGCCCAAGGCGAAGAAACUGCCCGGUCAAAGGAGGAGGCAUUCCACAUUGAAGCUGCUGGCUGGGCUGCGCGCAAUCACUUGGAAGUAGCCCGGUCUAUACUCACUGCACUGGAGGAGACCAUGGAUUUCUGCAAGACCAGGUACAAAGAACCGGAGGGCAAGAGGAUGAUAACAGAGAUCGGUUCAUACGGCUUCCAAUGUGGGCAGAAGGAUGAGAGGUCCCUUCUUUAUGCCAGACUUCAGAAGAGGGACCCUUCCUUUGACCCGGCCAAGAUGAAGCUUCCGGCUUUGUACGAGGAAGUGCCAACUCCCCCCUUUCCCCUAGAGUAG